CUGACGUCAUUGGUCGGUCGGUGGGCGCGCGUCAUGUGCGCUGCGUUUCUAGAGACGCUUCAUACGUUCAUACCACGAGAAGAGAUUGCGCAGCACUUCACAAAGCAAAGCAAACAUCGGCGCGGAUAGACUUAUCACAACCGACACAGCAGUAAACCACAGGUGAAUUAGUACUAUACUACAGUGACGUCCACCUACUGACGUUAGCUGAUGGCGGUGAACGUUACCUCAACAUCAACCAUUGAGAACCUGAGCAGACAUGAAAUCCUCUCCUGGGUCAACGACUCUCUCCAGCUCACCUACACCAAGAUAGAGCAGCUCGGUACAGGUGUGGCGUAUUGUCAGUUUAUGGAUAUGUUGUUUCCUGGCUGUAUUCUGCUGAAGAAGGUCAAGUUUCAAGCAAAACUGGAGCAUGAAUACAUCUGCAACUUUAAAGUCCUGCAGGCUUCGUUCAAACGAAUGAAGGUUGACAAGAUCAUUCCUGUAGAGAGGCUGGUCAAGGGAAGGUUUCAGGACAACUUGGAGUUUGUUCAGUGGUUUAAGAAAUUCUUCCAUGCAAACUACGAUGGGAAGGAGUACGACCCUCAAUUAGCACGUCUGGGUCAAGACGUCACACCUCCUCCCAAUCCAGGUGAAGUCACUUUCCACAAACCCAAGAGCCCCUGCGGAACAGGGCCACAGCGGACGUCACCGACAGGACACAAAAGCAUGCCCGCCACCCAGCGUACCAUCAACUCCACCCCCUCAACCGGCAUGAGACGAAUCUCACCGUUGUCACGUAAUGGAGGCAGUGAUGCAGAGAUCGUGGAACUCAACCAGCAGCUGAUGGACCUGAAGUUGACGGUGGAUGGUUUGGAGAAAGAACGAGAUUUCUACUUCAGCAAACUCCGAGACAUCGAGCUGAUCUGCCAGGAACAUGAGAGCGAGACUUACCCCGUACUCACCAAAAUCAUUGAUGUCCUCUACACCACAGAGCUUGGCCCCUAAUCCUCCUUGGUACUUUUCAACCCCCUAAAGGGACAGAUGGUUUUGCGCCCCCAGAAGACGAUAAUAUUGACGAACCGCCACAUGACCAAGAUGAAUAUUGAUUAACUCACCUGACUCUGUCUUUCACUCUCUCCUUUUCACUCGUCCCCCCUCGACCACACCAUCUUCAUCUUUAUCUUCCUCUGUUCUUCAUCUUCAACCAGCAGACACUAGGGGUGUGGCGUAACAUGCUAACAGACUGAUUGUGGGUGCGUUUAUGCAUACCCGGGGCUUGAGUUUUUUUGGAGUGACACUGCAGUCGUUUGCUGAGGCUGAUGUUUUAUUAGCUGUAGAAUUGAGUGAAGGGUCCAGAAUAAAUUGCACUGAACCACAAUGAUGAAAAAACAUUGUGGACAGCAGCUGUCCUGCAUAAAAAAAUCCAAACACAUUGAAGAUGACAGGUGCUUGUAUUUAAUUUAAACUUUACAGGACAAAGGUCAUCUAGCAGCAGGAUUAAAUCGCUUAAAAUUAUUGUAUAAACACACACACACACACACUUUUGUUGUAGUGUUUAUGUAGCAAACACUCCCAAGUUUACUGACUGGCGACAUAAUUUGGGCUCAGAUCAGAUAACUUGGCUGAAAGCUUGAUGCAAAACUCUCCUGAAAAAAGUUUUCCAAGUAUUUAUUUAAUACAGGUUCCUGGUCUUAUUGUAAAUAUUUUAUUAGUACAUGCUGUUCCAAAGAAAACUGUUUGAUUACUGUAAUCUUUCACCAAAAUGUAGUAUCUGUUUUAUCUCUUACACCUCUUUGUUCUUUUGGGGUUAGCAUUGUUAAUGUUAACAAACCGUCAAGUAACUAUUUAACAUUGUUUUGAUGGUUUGUCAUAAAAAUCAUCAAGUAAUAUAAUAUGCAUGUAAGCUUUGCAUGGUUAUUAUGCAAACAGCAGUUGAUUUGAUAAAGAAGUUUUACUGUUGAGACCUUUAGUCUCUUUAGAUCUCAGCGUUGAUGGUAUAAAUCUCCCACAAUGCAUUGCAAUGUCACAUUCAGCUUUGGCUAUUCUGAUAUGACACACCCACUCGCCACCAUCCAAUCAAUUCACAAUUACUAAAAGUUCUAAUCAUUUUUCCCUUUUGAGUAUUUUGAUGAAAGAUUACAGAAAGGUUUUUGGAAAAUGCACUGGUAUUGAGCAUAAUGAGACCAACAACAAGUAUGAAGUAAAAUGGGGUCAAUUUUAUUAAGUUUAUUUUAAAAGUGACCAUGUGUGCACAUAGAUGUGUUUCUCUAUCAUUACAAUGCAAAAUACGUUGGUUCAACCUAAAAGAGUACGUUACCUGGUUGCCUUAAAAGUAAAUUCAACUUACAAAUAUUAGUUGACACAACACUUUUUACACUAAUUAGAGUUAAAUAACUCAGAAUUUUAAGGUAACCAGUUAACUUAAAAAAAGUAAGUUGAACCAAAACAAUUCUUUUUUUUUACAAUGUGGUAAAUCAUUUGCAAAAAUGCUGGUGUGCUGUAUGUUUUUAUUUAUUUAUGAAAGAGAUGAAAACAACUAACAUUGAGUAAAAGAUGUUAGAAAUAUCACAAAAAAAGAGACUGUGCCUUUUCCCGCUGCUAUAUUAUAAUUAAACAUUUCAUGUUUUUAUGGUUUGGUUUUGUUGCACAGAAUGAAGUGGUACACAGGUUGGUUUUGCAGCACCUGUGUCAUUUACACGUUCAUCCCUCAUCUGUUGUCACGGCAACCACACAAUCAUGCAUCCAAAUGGAGUUUCACUACGUAAAAUAAAUAUGUGUGCGGGGAAUGAA